AUGCGUACGGUGCGUGUUGCAGAUCUGGACGACAGCGAGUGCGAGGAGGUGGCGCCGUCGCAAGUGCGUGUGCACGACAGCACUGCGCAGACGCCCCAGCUGCGGCGCAUGAGGAACGGCAGCUGGGAUGACGGCCGGCGGCGAUCGUCAGGAACAUCGGGCAUGAUCAAGAGUAAGUUAAUAAAAUUAGCAUACUCAAAGGCCGAGUUCAAUGAACCAAGUAUUGUUGAUGAUUGA